CGCCCAGAGGAGUCGAGAGUCUCAGACACCAGACGAUCACACAGUUGCAGAGAUGCGAGUCCUUCUGUUGCUGCUGUCUCUCGGGUCGGUGUGUGUCGCUCUGGAUCCAGCGCCGCUAACGGAAGCAACGGUCUAUCUGAAGCGAUACGGUUAUUUAUCUUCCUCAUCCAACGCAGCUCAUCAGGGGCUUCAAACGGAGCAAAUGAAUGAGGCUCUUAGACUCUUCCAGAGGGUGACGGGGUUACGGGUGACGGGUCGGCUGGACGGGCCGACGCUGGCCAUGAUGAGAGUCGCUCGCUGCGGGCUGAGAGACGGCUUCAACACGCUGGAGUAUCGCCUCCUGGGUCACUGGCGUAAGAAGAGACUGACCUAUCGCAUCUACAACCAUCCUCUUCCUCUGGGUCGAGCUCGGACUCGAGCAGCGGUCCGGUCCGCCUUCAACUACUGGAGCGCCGUCUCUCAGCUUCACUUCCGAGAGGUCAGCGGAGGUCACGCGGACAUCCAGCUCUCCUUCCACAGCAGAGGCCAGGGAUGCCCCGCUCCUUUUGACGGACCAGGGCAGGUUUUGGGUCACGCCGAGGGCCCGGAGUCUGGCGCGGUUCACUUCGAUGCCGACGAGGUGUGGACGGAGGGGCGGAGUUACAGAGCAAACUUGCGCAUCGUAGCCGCCCAUGAGAUAGGCCACGCCCUCGGACUGGGCCACUCCCAGUUCCACAGCGCACUCAUGGGUCCGGUGUACACGGGGUAUCGGGACGGCUUCAGACUGCACCAUGACGACAUCCAUGGAAUCCAGACUCUGUACGGAAAACCUGUGGAAAGACCAUCCGCUGCUCAGAGAAAGCCUGAUGCGGAUCCGCCUGUCCCGGACCCCUGCUCCGCGCCGCUGGACGCCCUCAUGCUGGGACCUCUCCACAAGACUUCUGCUUUCAGGGGUCAGUACGUGUGGACCGUCUCAGACUCCGGUCAUGGCGCUCCCGUUCGGAUCAGUGCCCUGUGGAAAGAGCUGCCCGGCAACAUCAAUGCAGCUGUUCACUCACAAAGAACCAACAAGUCCUAUUUCCUUAAAGGAGAUAAAGUGUGGAGAUACUCUGGCUUUAAACUGGACCACGGAUACCCGAAACGACUCCGUAUUCCCGCCGACAUACACGCUGCGUUCUUCCUCAGCAGCCGGCGAGCGCUCGUCUUCAUCAAGGGAUCGGAUUACUGGCUGUGGGAUGAACUGGGGUCCGGCAAACUCCUGCUUCAGCCCAGACCCGUGUCGCAGCUCGUGGCCGGCUUGCCCUCGGGUCCGGACGCAGCCGUGGCCCGCAGCGACGGAGGGCUGCUCGUGUUCAGAGGCGAGCAGUGCUGGAGCGUGAGUCCCGCGCUGACGCUGGACGAGGGUUAUCCGCGCCGCGCCACAGAGCCGUGUGACGACUAGCCCUGCAGAGUCCUGGUCGCUUCACUCAAGAAUUAUUUUCAUGUAUAUUAUCUUCAUAUCAUAAAUCCAAAAGGCAUCAUUACAGAAAAGAUAAGACAUAUUACAAAGUCAUUGUCAACAGUUCAUUAGUAAUCUCUCUUUUUUUUAACAUGAGCAUAUAUUUAUGCAUGACUCAAGCAACAGGAGU